CUGAUAAUGAAGAGGGGAGGGUGUGCUAAUGUUUACAACCAUUGGGCUGUCGAUCAUUUUAUCGUAAAAACUGUGAUUCUGUCGAUAUUUCAGCAGCAUAUGAAAAGACAAGUACAUAAUGGCGCAAACUAAAUGACCUCUUCUCGCUUUCAGGUUUUUGUAAACUGUGAGUCCCCUGGUUCUCUCGACUCACUGCGUUACACACAAUCUGAAUCUGGAAAGAACAUUUCAGUGUGUACAUUUUGUUGGUAAACAGUGUCCUGAUGGAGUGGGUGUUCAUCAUGAACCGGAUGAGCUCUCAGGGUAGCUCUGCAGCCCAGCGGAGGCGGAUGGCCCUGGGGGUGGUGAUACUCCUGCUGGUGGAUGUCAUCUGGGUAGCCUCCUCCGAGCUCACCUCCUACAUUUUCAAGCGACAGGAGUACAACAAACCCUUCUUCAGCACAUUCACCAAGACCUCCAUGUUUGUACUCUAUCUGCUGGGUUUCUUGCUGUGGCGGCCCUGGAGGCAGCAGUGCACUGGCACUCUGAAACGGCGGCACUCUGCCUUUUUUGCUGAUGCUGAGGCCUACUUUGCACCCUGCACCACUGACAGCACUGUGAACAACUGUUUGAGUGAACCACUGUAUGUUCCAGUGAAGUUCCAGGACGUACCCGCUGAGCAAUCAAAUUGUUUGAUGGGAGACUGUGAAUCUUCAGCUUCCAAAAAGCAGCGGGUGCGUUUUAGUAAUAUCAUGGAGGUGCGUCAGCUGCCCUCUACUCAAGCCCUGGAGGCCAAACUGUCCCGCAUGUCCUACCCAGCUGCCAAGGACCACGAGGCCAUGCUGCGCACAGUGGGCAAGCUAACCAUCACUGAUGUGGCCCAAAUCAGCUUCUUCUUCUGCUUUGUGUGGUUCCUGGCCAACCUGUCCUAUCAGGAAGCCCUGUCCGACACGCAGGUCGCCAUUGUCAACAUCCUGUCAUCCACCUCAGGCCUGUUCACGCUCAUCUUGGCAGCCAUAUUUCCCAGCAACAGCAGCGACCGUUUCACCUUGUCCAAACUGUUAGCCGUGGCUCUGAGCAUGGGAGGUGUUACCCUGGUGAGUUUCUCCAGCAUGGACAGCCCGGAUGACAAAGGCGUCAUAGGUUCUUUGUGGUCCCUGGCGGGGGCGGUGCUGUACGCUGUCUACAUCGUAAUGAUCAAGAGACGAGUGGACCGGGAGGAUAAGCUUGACAUCCCCAUGUUCUUUGGGUUUGUGGGUCUGUUUAACCUGCUGCUGCUGUGGCCUGGCUUCCUCCUGCUCCACUACACGGGCUUCGAGGCCUUCGAGCUUCCCAGCCAGCUGGUGUGGACCUACAUCCUCAUUAACGGCCUCAUUGGAACCGUUCUCUCAGAGUUCCUCUGGCUGUGGGGCUGUUUCCUCACAUCGUCUCUAAUCGGGACUCUGGCGUUGAGCCUCACCAUCCCACUCUCUAUUAUGGCAGAUAUUUGCAUGCAGAAGGCACGUUUCUCAUGGCUGUUUUUUGCCGGGGCGGUCCCUGUCUUCCUCUCCUUCUUCAUCGCCACGGUCUUAUGCCACUACAACAACUGGGACCCUGUCCUGGUGGGGCUGAGGAGACUGUACGUCUUCAUUUGCAGGAAACAUCGCAUUCAGAGAUUGCCAGAAGACAGCGAGCAGUGUGAAAGCCUGAUUCCUCUCCACCCCGUCUCCCUCCACGAAGGAAGCUUCUGUUCGUGAUCCAGCAGUCAAACAAAGUGGCGAAUGUUGAAUCUGGCUGAUCUGAAGCUGGAAGCUAUCAGAGACAUUGAACUACCCCAGUGCCUCCUGUUAAAUCUAUUUAUUUUCUACAGUGUUGAGACGAUGCAUCCAUUUCUACAAGCUCGUUUUUUUUAUUUUCACAGUCCAGUCCUCGCAGACUGAGAUUCGGUUUUUACUUUGUUGAUGUUUUCUGUGUUUAAAAAAAAAAAAAAAAGAAGAAACCUUCUGGUUCUUAAGGUGCUGGACAUUAACUCCGUGAUUACUUUGUUGUCGUGUGACCAAAUCAAACGGUACAUGUUGAUCAUAACACUAACCGAGGCAGAGUAACUGUGCGCGUUUCUUUACAAAUCUGAAAUCCGUGAGUUCAGAGUUCACA